AUGGCGGACGUUGAGUUAUUGAAGUCAAAAUUUGAGUACCACCCUGACUGGCCGAAGCAGGGGAUUUUGUUCUGCGACAUAUUCCCCGCGCUGCGUGACCCUAUUGCGUUUGAGAUGUUGAUCACCAAUAUUAUGUCACACAUUUUUACGGUCACGCUCCCGCGCCUCGCCGAAAGCUCGAAGCAGACACGGAUCAACUACGUGGUCGGCUUGGAUGCACGGGGUUUUCUGUUUGGUCCGAUUAUCGCUCAGCGCCUCGGCGCGGGCUUUGUGCCGAUUCGCAAGCGUGGAAAGCUGCCCGGCGACUGUGCCGCUGCGACGUAUGCCAAAGAGUACGGUGAGGAUUUGUUUGAGAUGCAGAAGAAUGCGAUUCCACCGCACUCCAAUGUGCUCAUUGUCGACGACUUGAUUGCUACCGGAGGCUCUGCCGCCGCGGCUGGCGAACUGGUGCGCCAAGUACAGGCAAAUACUGUCGAGUACAUCUUUGUCGUCUCGAUCCCCUUUCUCAAAGGCGCCGAGAAGCUUGAUGCACCAGAGUACCACCUUGUAGAAAUGGAUUAG